UGCAGUUCGAUCGUUCAAACACCUCUCUCUCUCUCCCUGCCUUUCUGGACCUCUCACGAGCAGGGGCGCCUUUCCCCCCUCCCUCCCUCUCCUCCUCCGUCCGACGGAGGAACCGCCGGACCACGCCACGGCCACGAGAUAUUCUCAUCAUAUGGAUUAAGGAAUUUAUACAAGAGUGAAACCUGUUCUUGUUUCAGCCAGAUCUCAGACUCAUAUAAUUGAUUGAGUUGGAAAUAAGGAAAGACCACUUCCUGAAGAUGUACUCUACGUGUCCACGCAUGGGGCCGGCCCGAUCACGGAUCACCUGAGCCGUGUUCGCCGUGCGUCUGAACAGAGCUUCGUGCGUCGACGCCGUGUGAGGUCCCACGACACGCCCCCUACACCGGUACACGCAUCAUCCGGCCUCCACAAUACAUAUCCAAAACAAAAGCACCGACCCGGAGACGCUGUGUCGUGCAUGCAGAGGAGGCGGAGGGUCGUGGAGCAGGGAACUGCUUGGCUGCUUCUGAUGCCGAUUAUUAGCCCCCGUUUCACAUUGCAGCCGCCAUGUGUGGGGUAUUUUCGCGGUGCGCCGCACAUGCUUCACGGAGACAAAAGCAGCAGCGGCGGUGGCGAUGGGACUGGAAUCGGUGGCGACGCAACUGCGAUACGCUAUGCGCCGUAUCACGUGCCUUUGCUUGCACCGCGUUAUCUUCUCUCCUUAAUCAAGAGGCUUGGUUAACCUUAAAGAGGAGUAAAGUACCAGAAACACCGGAAUCUGUGUAAGGGAGGAGCAGCAUGUGCAGUAGCUUUGCAAACUUGCAGUAAAAAGAAAUGUCUGGAGUGUUUGAUAGUAACAGUUCCUUGUUGCGCAAGUCGGACAGCGGGGCGGAAGCCAGAGAGACAGCGUUGCAGCUGGACCAAUCAGCGCGCGGCGCCAAGAAGGAACUUGAGAGAGUUUGUUGCUCUCCAUCACCCACCCACCACCUCCUCUCUCCUCUAUAUAAACCGGCACGCGCCCUGGCGCCAGCGAUGUCAUUCUCACCACGCGAGACGGUGGCGAGCCCGGGCGGGUGCGGCAAGGAGUCGUGCCCCUUCUGCGAGAUGUCGAGGCAGCACGCGGCCGGGUGCGCGCGGCGGCUGCCCAAGCGGAUCAUCCUGGUGCGGCACGGCGAGAGCCAGGGGAACCUCGACAUGUCGGCCUACUCCACCACCCCGGACUACCGCAUCCCGCUCACGCCGCGCGGGGUCGAGCAGGCGCGCGCCGCCGGCCGGGGCAUCCUCGACGUCGUCUCCUCCGGGGGCCCCGACGCCAACUGGAAGGUCUACUUCUACGUCUCCCCCUACGAGCGCACCCGGGCCACCCUGCGCGGGAUCGGCGCCGCCUUCCCGCGCGACCGCAUCAUCGGGGCCCGCGAGGAGUGCCGCGUCCGCGAGCAGGACUUCGGCAACUUCCAGGUCGAGGAGCGGAUGCGCGCCAUCAAGGAGACCCGCGAGCGCUUCGGCCGCUUCUUCUUCCGCUUCCCCGAGGGCGAGUCCGCCGCCGACGUCUUCGACCGCGUCGCCAGUUUCCUGGAGUCGCUGUGGAGGGACAUCGACAACGGGAGGCUGGAUCCGAGCACCACCUGCGAGACCAACCUGGUGAUCGUCUCGCACGGCCUCACCUCGCGCGUUUUCAUGAUGAAGUGGUUCAAGUGGACCGUGGAGCAGUUCGAGCGCCUCAACAACUUCGAGAACUGCGAGUUCAGGGUGAUGCAGCUCGGGCCCGGCGGCGAGUACAGCCUCCUCAUGCACCACACCAAGGAGGAGCUCGAGGAGUGGGGCCUGUCGCCGGAGAUGAUCACCGACCAGCAGUGGCGCGCCUCCGCCAACCGCCGCAGCUGGUCUGAGGAGUGCUCCUCCUUCAUGGCCACCUUCUUCGACAACUGGAUCGAUCCGCCAGAGGAGGGGGAGGGGGACGACAAGCGCCAGGAACAAGACGAUGGCAAGAUCAAGUCCCUGGAGUAACCAAUCCGCUCCCCUUUCCCUUAGUAGUUCCUUAGAAUUUGUUCCAAUUUGAUACUGCAACUGCACAUCUCCUUCGUUCCUUCGUCGCGAAGUUCUUCGACAACCGGAAGGAUUCAGAAGAAGAGAAUGGCAAGAUCGAGCUGUUGGAGUAUCCGAACUGACCUGCUCUUUAGUUCCGUCAAAGUUCUUCAGAUUUGAUACUGCUAGUGUGUUCCGCCAUGGAUGGAUGUAGCCAUCGCUGGUUUCCUCUUUGUUGAAUUCGAAACCUGUUCAUAGUAGCUAGACAUUGAGAUACGAUUUGGAGAAAUGCAGAAAUGGGUGCUCUGGUUGAGAACAGAGUCUUGGAGAUUGGUAUUUCUGCAUGUUUUGGUUUCCCUCUCGUCCUGAUUGCCAAGUCUAUUAGGACUAUGCUCAUUGAAUUCGCAACCUGUUCUUAGUAGUUCUUGUUCAAGAGUAGUUAUACACUGAGAUGCUAUUUGGGAAAAUGCAGAAGGGGGUGCUCUGGUUGAGAGCAGAGCCUUGGAUAAUGAUAUAUCUGGAGGUUUCCUCAUGCUUAUUGCCAAGUUUAUUUGGAAUAGGAUGAUUUUUGGUUCAA